AUGUCCAUGAUAAAGAAGCGCUUUGCAUACCUCACUGAAGAGAUGCUGAAACAGAGCCUUGAAGAAGCAUUGAGUAUGGUUGGUGGAAUAAGAGAUUGGGGACCUGACAUAUCGGUAUUGAGUGAGAUAGAAGAGAGGGUUGGGUUGGAGGAACACAAAUUGAGAGCAACGAAACACGUACUGAGAGAAUAUCGUGGGAACAUGUCGAGUGCUUGUGUGCCGUUUAUAUUGGAUGAAAUGAGAAAGAGAUCUAUCGAGGAAGGAAGAUCCAAGGACUUCGAUGGGGAGUUCUAUUUGGAUUUGGUCCAGAAGCUUCAUUCAAUACCAAAUGGGGGAAUCUCAAACCAAAAAGCUUUCACAAGCGAGAUUCGAGCUUUGGCAGAAAUUAAACAUCCCACUAUUGUGAAGCUGCAUGGAUUUUGUUCCAAAUUACAAUUCUCCUUUUUGGUUUAUGAGUUCUUGCAAGGCGGCAGCUUGGAUAACGUACUAAAGAAUGAAGAACAAGCCACUAAGUUUGGUUGGAAUAAGAGAGUGAACAUGGUUAAAGAUGUGGCUAAUGCUUUAUUCCAUAUGCAUCAUGGCUGUUCAAUUCCUAUUGUUCAUCGUGACAUAUCAAGCAAGAAUGUUCUUCUAAGUUCAGAACAUGAACAAGCUCACAUCAUGAAUUUGGAACAUCAAAGUUUUUGGACAAUUCAUGGAGGAUUGAACUUACUCAAGUUACUUGGAAGUGCGUCAGCUUGUUUAAAUUGUUGCACUUGA